GAGAGAGAGAGAGAGAGAGAGAGAGUUGGACUUCUGAAAGUGUGUCAAGAUUAGUAUUAGCUGCCUUCCGCCUCAACUUCCUGUCUUCACAGAAGUACAAAGAUAAUAAUAUCACAUACAUAGAGUCACUUCGAGAGCUGGAGAGACUGCAGUUACAGCAGAAACAAUUCAGCUCAAAGCUAUUUGUUAAGCAUUAUGGCAAGAGUGCAUUUAAGAAAGAGAACAGAACUGGAGAUGAAUGAGGAUCUGAAUGCAAAUGCAGCAAAGAGAUCAACUGAUCCAAACAACAGCAAGAGCUCUUAUGAAGAAAUCUAUGCCAACAAAGCUGUUCUGGACACUCCAGUGACCAGAAGCCAUAAAGGAACGAUGACGUCAGGACUGAAUGCUGCAGAGACCACAUCCUACAGACUGGCUGCAGUGUGUCUGGGGCUGAUGUGUCUUCUCCUGCUGGCUGCCGUCACAGUGCUGUGUUUCACAUUUAUCACAGAGACAGACCAGUUACAGACCAGUUGCACCAACCUGGCCAUAGAGUAUGAGGAGUUACAGACCAGUAUCAACAACGUGAUUACAAAAAGAGACCAGUUACAGGCCAGUUACAACAACCUGACUAAAGAGCAUCAUGUGCUUCUUAAGAGCCUUUCACAUUUGGGUUCUGGAGGAGUGAAGUACCCAACAGUGAAAUAGGAGAAGAAGAUUGUGUCCUAACAGGCUCUGGGUCUGAUCCCGUAGAGAACUGGGCUGGUUAUCCAUUAAUGGACAUAUUUGCUUUGAUCUAUGAGAAAAGCCUUUUUAACUCUGUCUUUUUUAUUUUUUUGCACUUUUUUCCUUUCUUAGGCAAUAUUUCCUUUUGAGUCUUGGCUCCUCAGUCUUUCUUUCGGGUGCUUUUAAAGAGUGUGUCAUUUGUGAGUCUUAAGUGAUUCGUAACUGCACUGAUCACUUUCAGAAUUCUUUAGAUUAUUUCAUUAACAGCUGGAUUUUAUCUGAAUGGGUUUUCUAUGAGAUAGUUUAGAUCUUUUGUUGAGACUCAAGUGUAGUUGAAAUGAGAACUGCUGUGGUUGUUUCUCUGUACAGAAAAUGAACACAGCUCAUUAUUAUAAACGACCACAGUGCACUGAAUUCAUUGAAUCCAUGCAGUAAAAUGCUGUAGAUGCACUGGUAGUCCUACGAUAAAAACAGACCCCAGUGCGAGGGUGGGUUGGGAUGAGUCUGCAGAAAAGACAAUGCUAAUGGCUACAGAUAUGUCAGAGACAGAAGGGGAACCUAAUGGCCUUUUAAUGUAGUCAUUAGACGUCAUCAUGACUUCUGGGUACCAAAAGUGCCUGUAAGUUUUAGUUCAUUUUUUUCUAGAAUUAUCAUACUUUGUAUUUGUUGCACUUUAAACUCUGCAAUUGUAAGUACUAGUAAAUAUAGUAAUACUCUCAUUUCAGUGUUAAGUGUUGCUUAGAAAACAUGCAAAUGAAAAUUGUCCAAUCACAUUUUUCCCCACGGUAUCUAAGGCCCUGUCCUUAUGUAUCCAGAUGUUUUUGAAAAUGAGGUUACUUUCUUUGGAUUUUGGUGUCCCGGUGGAUUUGGUCAUUUGGACAUUGGAUUUGGACAUUUUUGGAAACGCUCUCCUGAGUGGAGGCUGAAGUUGGCUCCUUAAAUGGUGCAGUAGUGACAUUCCGGCACCUGAGGUAUUUAAGGUGGAACGGGAAAAUUUAAACAAGAAGCUGGCGAAUAAGAAGAAUAAGAAGCAGUGACUGUACUUUAUAGUCCAUCCAUCUCAGUGAAGCUGCCAGUUUUGUGCUUCUGCUCGAUGCUGGUCAUGUUCUUUUUCAGGUGCUUGACGUCAAGUUUAAUGAGGCGUUAUCGCCCCAUACUGGGCUGGCAUGCUCAGGUGAGGGUUUUCAAGGAUUUUUUGCCUUCCCAUGUGGAUAUUUCACAAAUGCUGUUGGUGUGCACAAUAUAUUUUUUGAAAACUAUGAAAACACAUUUUCAGAUAUGUGUGGACAGAGUUUAAAAGACACAGCCAAGCGGACUUUCCCGUUGGCUAGGCCUUUAGGAGCUGAACUGAGCUGUCAGAUUAAGCAUUAACAAAAGUAGGAAGUGACAGUAGAAUCCGUUGGAUUUGCAAUAGCUGGGACCAAUUUAUAAAAUAUGAGCGGUAGGCUAACCAAGUUUCAGUAAGAGCUCUUUACUGAAAGACUCCCACUGAAACUGCUAUGUACAAGGCCAAAUACAUGUUAACGCCUGUUUCAAGCUUCAAAUUAAACACAAAGUCUUUGACAUGCUCAAAUACCUGGGUCUAAUCUAGAAUGGCCAAUACUGUUCAUGUGCACUACAGUUAGCAUUAAGUUAACAAUAUACUAGAAAUCCAAUAGGGGCACUAGCAGGAAAUAGCAACUAUAACUGUGUUUCUGGGCAGGUUGUGACAUUUAAGGGCCUAACUGAAGGCCUAGCUUUAGUAAUAACUGAUCACCACUGGACAGAACUAACCUGAAUGCAGUGCGAGGGCAAAAACAUCAUAGCAAACAGAAGGAAAGUGAAAAAUUAAGUAGGAAGGGAGUUGGGUGGAGUUGUUUCAGGCAUGCUAAACAUUUUAUUUCAUAAUUCUGUUUUUCUGUGCUUCAUUUCUUAUGUUAUUGUUACAGUUCAAGCUAUAAUUAAGAAAAGCGCAAAUACCUAUAAAAUUCAGUUUCACAGUGCAGCUGUUUUCUUUAUUGUUUGUGGCAUUUAAAAAAGCCUGAAACUUAAGUUCCGAAACUGUGAGUGAGUGAGAGUGAGAGAGCGAGAGAGUUAUGACUCUCACAUAUGACUUAUAACCUACAUACACGGCUGAAAUGCCUCCUAAGAGUUUCAACUUCCUGUUCACUCACUCACUCACAGUGGGUCAUAGAGAGCAGCACAAUGAAAAACAAUGACCGUCUGAAGAACAACGAACACAGCAGCCAACUUCAGCAUGAAUUAACUGCAGAUUUGAGUGAAUUAAGAAUAAAUGAUUGAGUUUCCUACAGCAUAAGCAGAAUUGAGAGUGUGAAUGCGGUCAAAGGCCGUAAGUCAGAACGCCGGACGCAAACACAAAAAUAAACCCACCAACUCAUAUACGCACCCCGAAUCCCUAAAGAAUGAAACUAUACUUAAACUUCUCAUAUUAAGAACACAUGUAUUCCAGUGCUAAACGUACGGAUGUGCAUCUGAAAGUGCUUCAGAGUCUGAGCUCCCACCUCAACUUCCUGUCCUGUAAGCAGAACACACCAUACAACACCACCUACACAGAAACACUGUGUUGAGCUGGAGGGUAUAGCCUGCGAUUAAAGCAGAAACGGGUAUCAUCAAGGCCAAAAUCCGUCUUUUUUCAACUUGUUCCAAUGUCAUUCCGAAAGAGAACAGAACCAGAAAUGAGCGAGGACAUAUAUGCCAAUAUGGGAAAAACAGCGGACGACAGAUCGACUGAUUCAAACGAAUGCAGGCAUUCUUCUGAUGAUGUCUAUGCGAAUGAAUACAUCUUUGAGACUAAUGUGACCAGAAGCCAAAAAGGAACUAUGACCUCAGAAAAAAGCACUGCAGGAAGCAGAUGCUGGAGACUGACUGCAGUGUGUCUGGGGCUGCUGUGUGUUCUCCUGCUGGCUGCUAUCGCACUGCUUGGGUUCCAACUAAUCAGUUACAACAACCGGACUAUAGAGAGAGACCAGUUACUGACCAGUUCCACCAACCUGACUGUAGAGAAAGACCAGUUACGGGCAGAAAGGGAUGGAUUCCAAAGAAGGCUUUCUGAGCUGGAAAGGGAAAUUAACAAACCAGGCUGGAUGUACUUCAACUCCAGUGUUUACUACAUCUCGACUGAGAGGAAGAGCUGGAGUGAGAGCAGACAGAACUGCAGGGAGAGAGGAGCAGACCUGCUGAUCAUAAGCAGCAGAGAAGAACAGGACUUUAUUGAAACGUUGAGAAAAGGUCAGACAGCUUGGAUUGGUCUCACUGACGGUGACGAGGAGGGGGUCUGGAAAUGGGUGGAUGGCUCAGCACUGACCACUGGGUUCUGGAAACUUGGGGAGCCCAACAGUUAUGGAGAUGAAGACUGUGCUGUCACUGGCUAUGGGUCUGGUCCUGAAAAGAGCUGGGCUGAUUUUCCCUGCAGUUAUAAGUGUGUUUGGAUUUGUGAGAGGAGAAUAUCUGGCUGAAUUACUGCAUGUGUGUAUGGAUUGUACGUGUUGUUUUCUCAUGGUAGAAUAGACAGGGGUAGGAAGGGGCAGAGACAGUGAGAGAUCAGCAUUGGGGUAGUAAUCCAUUACAAAUGACUAAUUACUUCACCCAAACUGAAAUGGGAUUAAUUUACAUAUCACUUCCUGGAAAAAAAGGACUCACUGCUCACAACUUUACUGCUCUUUAACUUCACUCUCUAAAAAUUCUGUACUGGUUACCUCAGAAAUUAAAAGGAGAAACAACUGGUUUGGGGUCAGUUUUUGGGGAUGGGCUGUUUUUUCAGCUGGUGAGCGCAGAAAGAAGGCAGAUAGGGUCAGAUACGUCUCCAGUGUGCAUUAUGAACCAAAUAAAAACAAAAUCUCUGUUUAAAUGAGAUUUCGUUUA